AUGUGCGACGGCGCCCUGCUGCCUCCUCUCGUCCUGCCCCUGCUGCUGCUGCUACUGGGGGGCCUGGACCCGGGCACAGCUGUGGGCGACGCGGCCGCCGACGUGGAGGUGGUGGUCCCGCGGCGAGUGCGCCCGGACGACGUGCACCUGCCGUCGCUGGCCGGGGCCGCGGGUCUCCGACGGCGGCGGCGCCCCCCGCGCGCGCCCCCCAACGCCCCUCGCGCCCGACCCGCCGAGCGCGCCUUGCUGCUGCACCUGCCGGCCUUCGGGCGCGACCUGUACCUGCAGCUGCGCCGGGAUCUGCGCUUCCUGUCCCGCGGCUUCGAGGUGGAGGAGGCGGGCGCGACCCGGCGCCGUGGACGCCCGGCUGAGCUGUGCUUCUACUCGGGCCGCGUCCUCGGCCACCCGGGCUCCCUGGUCUCACUCAGCGCUUGCGGAGCCGCCGGCGGCCUGGUUGGCCUCAUCCAGCUCGGGUCAGAGCAGGUGCUGCUGCAGCCACUCAACAGCUCCCGGGGCCCGUUCAGCAGACAAGAGCAUCUGGCCAGGCGCAGAUGGUCCUUGCCACCCACCCCGUCCACCAAGGCCCAGGGUGCCGGGCAGCCCUGCCAGGUACUGACAGAAAAGAUGCCAAAGCAGGGCAGCAGCCUGUCUCGGGACUGGCGGGAGCGAAGGAAUGCCAUCCAGCUCAGUGGCGAGCGCACGGUGGAGACCCUGGUGGUGGCUGACGCUGACAUGGUGCAGUACCACGGGGCUGAGGCUGCACAGAGAUUCAUUCUCACCGUCAUGAAUAUGGUGUACAACAUGUUUCAGCAUCAGAGCCUUGGGGUCAAGGUCCAUAUCCAGGUCACCAAGCUGGUCCUGCUGCGACAGCGCCCGGCCAAGCUGUCCAUCGGGCACCAUGGAGAGCGGUCCCUGGAGAGCUUCUGUCACUGGCAGAAUGAGGAGUAUGGGGGCGCCCGGUACUUGGGCAGCAAUCAGGUUCCUGGAGGGAAGGAUGACAUGCCUCCUGUGGAUGCUGCCGUCUUUGUGACCAGGACAGAUUUCUGCGUCCACAAAGAUGAGCCGUGUGACACUGUCGGGAUCGCAUACCUGGGAGGCGUGUGCAGUGCCAAGAGGAAAUGCGUGCUGGCCGAAGACAACGGGCUCAACUUGGCUUUCACCAUUGCUCACGAGCUGGGCCACAACUUGGGGAUGAACCAUGACGACGACCACACAUCCUGCGCCGGCAGGUCCCACAUCAUGUCCGGGGAGUGGGUGAAAGGUCGCAACCCCAGCGACCUCUCCUGGUCUGCCUGCAGCCGAGAGGACCUGGAAAACUUCCUCCGAUCUAAAGUCAGCUCCUGUCUGCUGGUCACUGACCCCAGGAGCCAGCAUGCAGUGCGCCUCCCUCACAAGCUGCCCGGCAUGCAGUAUAGCGCCAAUGAGCAGUGCCAGAUCCUAUUUGGCACCAACGCCACCUUCUGCAAAAACAUGGAGCACCUGAUGUGUGCUGGGCUAUGGUGCCUGGUUGAAGGAGAUGCGUCUUGCAAGACCAAGCUGGACCCACCACUGGACGGCACCGAGUGCGGGGCAGACAAGUGGUGCCGUGCCGGGGAGUGUGUGAGCAAGACGCCCAUCCCGGAACACGUGGACGGAGAUUGGAGCCUCUGGGGUGCCUGGAGCAUGUGUAGCCGCACGUGUGGGACGGGAGCCCGCUUCCGGCAGAGGAAGUGUGACAAUCCCCCCCCUGGGCCCGGAGGCACACACUGCCUGGGCACCAGCGUGGAACACACAGUCUGCGAGAAUGCACCCUGUCCCAAGGGCCUGCCCAGCUUCCGGGACCAGCAGUGCCAGGCGCACGACCGACUGAGCGGCAGGAAGAAGGGCCUGCUGACAGCAGUGGUGGUAGAUGAUAAACCGUGUGAACUCUACUGCUCACCGCUUGGGAAGGAGUCCCCACUGCUGGUGGCCGACAAGGUCCUGGAUGGCACACCCUGUGGGCCCUACGAGACCGACCUCUGCGUGCAUGGCACCUGCCAGAAAAUCGGCUGUGAUGGCAUCAUCGGAUCUGCAGCCAAAGAAGACCGCUGUGGCAUCUGCAACGGGGAUGGCAAGACCUGCCGCGUGGUCAAGGGUGACUUCAGCCACUCCCGGGGCACAGGUUACAUUGAAGCCGUUGUUAUUCCUGCUGGCGCCCGGAGGAUCCGCGUGGUUGAGGAUAAACCUGCCCACAGUUUUCUGGCUCUCAAGGAUGCCAGUGAGAGAUCCAUCAACAGUGACUGGAAGAUAGAGCUGCCUGGAGAGUUCCAGAUCGCUGGCACCACAGUCCGCUAUGUGCGCAGGGGCUUGUGGGAGAAGAUUUCGGCCAAGGGACCCACCAAGAUGCCACUGCACCUCAUGGUGCUGUUAUUUCAUGACCAGAAUUACGGAAUUCACUACGAAUACACCGUUCCUGUCACCCACACCGCUGAGAAUCAGAGUGAACCUGCCAAAGCCCAGGACUCCCUGUUCAUCUGGACCCACAGUGGCUGGGAGGGGUGCAGCGUGCAGUGUGGCGGAGGGGAGCGCAGAACCAUCGUGUCAUGCACGCGGAUUGUCAACAAGACCACGACGCUGGUGAAUGACAGUGACUGCCCACAAGCCAGCCGCCCGGAGCCCCAGGUCCGGAGGUGCAACACGCACCCAUGCCAGUCACGGUGGGUGGCAGGCCCGUGGAGCCCCUGCUCGGCCACCUGCGAGAAAGGCAUCCAGCACCGGGAGGUGUCGUGCGUGUACCAGCUGCAGAAUGGCACCCAUGUCACCACGCGGCCCCUCUACUGCCCGGGCCCCCGGCCAGCGCCAGUGCAGAGCUGUGAAGGCCAAGAUUGCCUGUCCAUCUGGGAGGCGUCUGAGUGGUCACAGUGCUCCACCAGCUGUGGGAAAGGCACGCAGAAGCGUACGGUGACGUGCACCAACUCUCAGGGCAAAUGUGAUGCGUCCAUGCAGCCCAGAGCCGAGGAGCCGUGCGAGGACUACUCCGGCUGCUACGAGUGGAAGACUGGGGACUGGUCCAAGUGCUCGUCGACCUGCGGGAAGGGCCUGCAGUCCCGCGUGGUGCAGUGCAUGCACAAGGUCACCGGGCGCCAUGGCAACGAGUGUACCGCCCUGACCAAGCCCGCCGCCUACAGCCAGUGCCACCAGGAGGUCUGCAAUGACAAGAUCAAUGUGAACACCAUCACCUCGCCCAGGCUCGCUGCCCUGACCUACAAGUGCACCCGUGACCAGUGGGCAGUGUACUGCCGGGUCAUCCGAGACAAGAACCUCUGUCAGGACAUGCGGUGGUACCAGCGCUGCUGCCAGACCUGCAGGGACUUCUACGCCAGCAAGAUGCACCCGCUGCUGCCCCCGAGCACCUGA